GAAUCUUCCCGAUGUCAACGCUGAAGAUUUCUCCAAAGUCGACCUCCAUCAGUUCAAGUGGAUCCACUGGGAGGGCCGAAACGCCGCGCAGCAGGUGCAGAUGAUCCAGCAGGUGGAGGUGUUCAACAGACCGCUGCCUCCACAGGAGAGGAUCACGCUCUCCCUGGAGAUAGAGAAGACCAGAGAGCCUUUGUAUCAGCUGUUUCCUCACGGUGACCUGGUGUUUGUCAGUAAAGACGUGGCUCGUCAUUUCGGUUUCCAGUCGGCUGGAGCUGCUCUGAAAGGACUCUACAGCCGGGUCAAACAGGGAGCUGUCCUGGUUUGUGCCUGGGCCGAGGAGGGAGCCGAUGCUUUGGGUCCUGACGGGGUCGUCCUUCACUCAGACGCUUUUCCUCCUGAAACUCUCGUCGAUACUCUCGGAGCCGGAGACACCUUCAACUCUGCCGUCAUCUACACCCUGUCCAACGGGGGCAGUCUUCAGGACGCUUUGACCUUCGGCUGCAGGGUCGCCGGCAGGAAGUGUGGUUUCCACGGUUACGACGGCAUCGCCGAAAUGAGUGCACUCUGACCAACGAUUUCAGAUCUGACAGGAAAAUCCACAUCUUUAUUCUUAAUUUAAAAUCAAAUGUAUCAAAUUUUGUAUCCGUUUUUUACGCUGGCCGACGCUGCAGCUUCAGAAAGAUGCAGACAUAAAAACCCAAAGGUUCCUCAUGAAGAGACAUCUCCAGCAGCUUGAGGAGACAUGGCAGCGUUUAGAGAACAUCCAGCAGCUUGAGGAGACAUGGCAGCAUUUAGAGAACAUCCAGCAGCUUGAGGAGGAGACAUGGCAGCGUUUAGAGAACAUCCAGCAGCUUGAGGAGACAU